GGAUGGCGGCCCAGGAGAGCGUGUAUAACCUCCUGCCUCGGCUGGAGGAGAAGCCCGUCAAACCGCCCAGGUAUAUAUCGACAUUUAGGCCGUCUGUGAAGCUUGAAAUAGAACGAAGUAAAGCACAGUGGAAAACUAUGGGGCCAGCAAAACUUGCGGUGCCAUCUCCAACAAACUUUCUGAAGAAACACUCCAAGGAACCCACUUUACCAGCAAAAUGUUUACAUGCUCAAUUCACAGGAAAAAAAGAACAGGAGAGUAGGAAACUGCCUGCAUUAUCAGUACCACGGAGGACAGAUCGCCCAGUUAUGGGAAUUGAGAGUAAAAAGAAUUUUAUAAAAACAAAUGCAGUUGCUGCUAUCACAGGAUUGCCUAAAAAGCCUCAACAUAUUUAUGUUGAUAGAAGACAGGGAGACAAAUACUUGCUUGAAACUUCAGGACUUGUUCCAAAAUAUAUUAAGAAAAAGGAUUAUGGUGUUACACCAAAAUAUGUAACCCAGAGAAGAGAAGAAAUGAAGAAAGCUCAGAAAGAAUAUGAAAACAAUGUUUUGGAGUAUCUCAAGAAAAAAGCCAUGAAACAGCUAUCUGAUGAAGAGAGAGAAUGUCUACUGCAGGGGCUGAAAAAGAAGUGGGAGGAAGUGUAUAACGAAUUUCAGUGUCUUUCAGUAGAAAUAGACACUAUACCCAAGCAGCUGUAUAAAGGAAAGCUGGAAUCACAGAUGAAGCAACUGGAGCAUGACAUAGAUGUAAUUGAGAAGCACAAAGUUAUCUACAUUGCAAAUGAGUAAGGACUGUUUUUCAGACAUUGCCUCUUUCCUCCUUUUCUCUUUCUCUACCCUUGUCCAUCCAAGAAAAAAAACCCAAAGCUCAAAAGAAGUUGAAAUUAUUCAGAAGGAAAUAUUCAAGUAAUAGAAAUAUGCAGCUUCUUAGUUAUUUGUAACAGCUUCUCUAU